UGUCAGUCAGUCAGUCAUAAAUCAAUAUAAUGAAGCUUUACAAUUCGAUUUGUAAACAAAACACACUUUCGUCACAUACUGAAUAUCUAUUUAAAAAAAAAAACAAUUAAAAGUAUAAAUUGUAUUUAAUACCUACAUAGUUAUAUACAAAAUGGACGUAUCGAAAUUAUGCCGCAGUUGUAUGAAGGAGGUCGCCUCUUGGGAGAAAGAUAAUUUUGAUCCUAGAACCAUUGAAAUGUUUAGUUUCUGUACAAAUAUCAAGGUUACAGAAGGAGACAAUCUACCCCGACAAUUUUGUUAUGACUGCCUAGUCAGAAUAGAAUCAUCAUACACAUACAUAAUGGAAGCCCAAAAAGUUAACAUCACAUUAAGAAAUGUUGUCUCUCGGGCCACCAGCGUCAUAGUGGAACCAGAAAGUUAUUCAAGACACAUCAUCUCUAAUAAUAUUAAUCCAGAAAGUGCUACCAAAAACCUAAUAUCGCCUGAUUAUAAAAUGAGUACCAUAGACAAUUUUGAUGAACAAAUCUUCUUCGAUAAUGUGGAGAAUCAAUUUGAAAAUGAUUUUAAUAAUAAAAAUGAUGAAAAUGCACCACAGAAGAUCACAGAGAAUACAAAUACAGAGAUACCAGGCAACAAAGAAAUCGUAAAUGAGAAAGAGAUGGAGAAUAUUGAAGAAACUAAGAAGAAUGUGUGUCCGGUGUGUAGGAAAGGAUUUACAUCUAAAGCAUGGUUUGCUAAGCAUAUGGAGAAGGAGCAUACUGGGAAUAAAUAUGCCUGUGCACACUGUCCUAAAACAUUUGCUAAGCGCUCUCAGCUGUCGUACCAUGCAACUUCGCACUCGGAAGAGCGACAAUUCGAGUGCACAGCACCCUCUUGCGGCAAGCGGUUCAAACGACGUAAACAGCUCGUGGCACAUUCGCGGGCGCACGGUGAUGCCAGACCAUUUGUUUGUGAUAAGUGUAACAUGAGAUUCAAAAUAAAGAGUAUCCUCAAAUGUCACAUGAAAGUCCAUGAGGAGCAGAAGCAGUACUUGUGCUCGUUCUGUGGAUGGAGUUUCAGUCAAGCGGGCAAUUUGAAGGUGCAUUUGCGCGUACACACGGGUGAGAAGCCGUUCUCGUGCGAGCAGUGCAGUUUCCGCGCCGCCGCCGCUUCCAACCUGCGGCGCCACCAGCGGCGCCACUCCGGCCGUCCUUCCCACCUGUGCACGCACUGCUCUAAGGGGUUCUUCGACGCUAGCGCACUGGCGCGGCACAGGCGCACGCACUCGCGCGAGCGGCCGUACGCGUGCCCGGGCUGCGCGCGCGCAUUCGCCGACAGCUGGAAGCGGAACGUGCACCUCGCGCGCGCGCACCGCCUCGCGCUGCACCACCACCACCACCACCACCAGCACCACCAGCACCAGCACCAGCACCACUCGCCGCGACCGCGCCCCGCCGCACACUGCGCGCGAUAGUGGCUGUUCCUCGCUCGCUGUCUCUCGUAAUGUACAAUGUAAAUUGCAGUCUCUUUUGGCGCUUCUUUUUUUAAUGGAUUAUAAUGGAAUAGUAACCCCGCCCGCGCUAUCGGUGUACACUGGCGGGGCACCAGUGAAAGAUGAUAGGUGAGGAUGAAGCAGGUCAGUUAGCCCACCGUGACUAAUCUAACAAUAAAUCAAUCAAGAUGGUUUCCAGGAGGAACCACGAGGAGGUCGAUCUGACAGGGUAUAUUGCUAGCAAUGGGACUACUAAUCCCUAUUACUAACAAUCCCUUCUCCCCCUAUUUUCCGCGCUUAGCCUCUCAUUUGGGCUGUUGUGCAUAUGAGAGUUCGCUGUCUCUUUCUAAUUUAAUCAGAUCUUCGUCAAACAUACAGACAAAUGAACAAAAUAAAAAAUUAAGUAGGGCACUUAAAUUGAUCUUAUUGAGAUAUCUCCCAUGUACAGAUAUCGCCUAGUCAUAAUUUACAUAUAUUUACAAUUAAAUACAACUUUCUUCCUGAUAGAUUAAGCACCCUUAAAACGAGGAAAAUAAUUGGCCACACAUAUACAUAGUACUUCUUUGGAAAUAAAAAACAAUUGGCUAAAACAUUAUUUAAUUCUAUCUGUACAAGCCAACAGUCAACAGUAGUAAUAUAUGAUCUGCUUUAAAAUAAUAGUAUACAUAUAAUAUAAUAUCUACAUUAUGUUUACCCAGCUAUACAGGCGUAUUACGUGAGCUAAGAGUCGAUUCACUUACAAAUGUCAGCACAAAGAAUAGCGGAUCGCUCAUCUGACAUUAAAUUUCAAACAUUUGAAUUUAGAAGAAAAAUGGCAAACGAAUCUAUAGACUAACCACUUAUUCAUAAAAACUAAAAUCAUUUACAAAUCUAUUAUACUGUUUUUUCACUAAUUCAAAUUUAGAACACAAAGGAAAGAAACAAAACGGUUAAAUAGUUUAAUGAGAGGUUUGACGUAUUUAUGAAUAAGGGAAUACGUAUAUUUUAAAAUGUAUAUAUAUAUAUAUACACUUACACGAAAAAGAAAAAGACAUAUUGCCGUCUCACUCUAGGGACUGGCUAUCGCUAACGAUUCUAUUGACAGAUUCAAUUAUUACUUCUCUAAGGGAGUUGUAUCAUCCGCCCGAUACUCAAUUAUAUAAUUUUGUUGGGUAUAUGAAAUGAAUAUUGAGGUAAAAUAAUUAUUUAUUACAAAUUUGAGCUAUUAGGGCAAAAAAUUUACAAAAUGUUGGAAGUAAUUUAACGAAGUUGGAAGUAUAGUCAACAUGUUACCCCCCCCCCCCCCCCCCACUUUUUAUUUCCAUGCAUGUGACCAUGUCUGCAAUAUACUCUGUUUAUGUUUGUAAGGUAACACCUUCAGUAACGACCUGGCUAGAGGAGUAUUAUAUUUCUUGGUCUAAAUCUUAUAUUUUUACUCAUACAUCUUUAAUUCAAACCCAAAUUAUAAUAAAUAAAAUCCAAAAGGAUUUUGGAGGGCCAUGCUGUUAUCAUAGAGAAUUUAAACUUAUAAGUUUAAAUUAAUAUUCUAAUAUCUAAAAGAUUUACCCUUGUCUAAUUUAGCUAAUGUGAGUUUACGUAUGUCUCGCUACAAGUACAUCUAAUGACUGGCUGGCUUUAAAACCUAGGAAGACGCAGCGGGUGUUUUUUUUUUUUAUUGUGUCAAAAUUUUUGGACUAAUGCAACAAAAAUAAUAUUUAUAUUUAACGGCCUUUUUAAAAUACAACACUACAAGAGCCUAAGAAUAUUCUUAGCUAUUACUUUGUUAUAUUAAAAUUUUUAUGCCAUUGCAAUACUUAUGUUUUUUUUUACAUGUUAUAUUUCUUCUAAAUUACUAUUAAAUUAUUGUUUAAAAAUUGAGGUAUUUUUUAUUGGAAACUUGUUGUUAUACUAUUUCAAUGCAAUUAACUUCCAGCGACCUGUGAUAAUUACUUCACUUACUAAUUCACCAGAGGGAGACUUUGUACAAAAGUCGAUUGCUUGGAUACCACUGUCCCAUUCGUGUUUCUACCGUGAAGCAGUUGUGUUUGCACGGCUGUGUUUCGGUUUGAAGGGUGGGAUAUGGCGUGAAUUUACAGGGUACAGAGGAAUAACACCUGAGUCCUCAGGAAUGGCCACGCAUGGGGGGUAUCAUGGACGAAACAGUAUACUCUGUUAUGUCCAUGGUACUGCUCAUGUCUAUAGGCGACGGUCACCACUUUCCAUCAGGUGGGCCGUCAGCUUGUUUGCCAUUCUAAGUUGUAUAAAAACAAUAUUUGAAAGUAUCAGCUAUAUCUGUGGACCAGCCCAACGAAAUUGAGAAC